AUGACAACAACAUUGAUCAGAGAUUACAAAAUAAACAAAACUAUGGCUCAAAGCAGAGAUUUCUGCAAAAUCACAAAGUUAACUAAUGAUAAAAAGAAAAAAGCCAUCAUGAAGGAAAUCUCAGCCGCAAACAGUCCAAAAUCUGUUUCGAGCAAAUUAAUUCAGGAAGAACACAUUUUGCACGUUGUAGAAGAAGAAUUCGUUUAUCAACCUCAAGUGACUUUCUUUUAUAAUUCUGACGAUCGGCGUUUUGCAUUUACUGAAGAAUGUUUCAUUAACAAAGAGAUAAGUACAUAUAUUCGGAGAUAUUUUCACCUAUUAGCAGAUGGUCUUCAUUCUAAGUUGGGAAACAGUAUUUCUCUGAGCGAUGCAGACAUCGCCGUUUCUGUUGAAAAUAUCAGAGAAACUUACUUGUCUUAUUCUUCUUCCAUAAAGCAUAGUCCAACUACAUUUGCAAUACGUGCUGCACUACCUAUAGAUAAAGCAUUUAUCUUGGUAAAACCUUUCGAUGUAAUGGUGCUAAAAGACAAAGAAAAUUGUUCGUAUCAAUCGAAAGAAAUUGAAAGUAGUUUAUAUUCUGUGUUGAUAGACGUAGAAAGUACAAUGACACACGAAUGCGAGAUUUGUGAUAAGUCGUUGGCUAGUAAACAGAGUUUAAGAUGUCAUAUGAGAAUCCAUACAGGUGAGAAACCUUACAAAUGUGAAACAUGUAAUACAAGUUUUGCUCAAUGGAGCACUUUGAAACGACAUCUUAGAACCCACACGGGAGAAAAACCAUACGAGUGUAUAAUAUGUAAUAAAUGUUUUGCUCAAUUGAGCACAUUAUAUAAUCAUCUCAUAAUCCACACAGAAGUAAAACCAUACAAAUGUGAAACAUGUAACAAAUGUUUUGCUCGCUCGGGCACUUUGAAAUGUCAUCUUAGAACCCACACAGGAGAAAAACCCUAUAUAUGUAAAACAUGUAAUGAAUGUUUUGCUCUCUCGGGCACUUUGAAACGUCAUCUUAGAACCCACACUGGAGAAAAACCAUACGAAUGUGAAACAUGUAAUAAAUGUUUUCCUCGCUCGAGCAGUUUGAAACGUCAUCUUAAAACCCACAGAGAAGAAAAAUCAUAAAUGCAUAACAUAAUAAAUGUUCUGUCUUUCGUGCAGUUUGAAUCGAUCCAUAUGGCAGAAACACUCCAUGAAUGUAAAAUAUGUUAUAAAUGCUUUCCUGAAGAAUAGAUAUUAGAUUGUCAUUCCAGAAGUCAUCUGAGAAAAACACUACACAAGUAUGAAAUAACCAAUCAUAAUUUCAUCAAUGGAAUAAAAGAAAGUAACAAUACAACGACUUAUUCAAAUGUAAUUUCCAGCGAUUAUGUUAGCAUCAAUCGUCGUUUCGAAGAAAAAAAAUUAUUUAAUUCAGAAUCUUUUUACUCAUUCUGAAUGUAGACUAUUCAUUUGUUUCGUGUGUAAUUCUCAAUUUUAAACUUAAGCUUACCUUGAUGCUCAUUGUAUAAUGCACGAUUUAUACCCAUUUAAUUGCAUUAUUUGUUUUCAAGCUUUCUGCAGCCACAUGCGUUUAGAAGAACAUUAAACAAUACACAAUUCAUUAGUCAAUUCGUCUUACCCUUGCAAUAUACGCAAUGCAACAUUGUAUCAAAAUUAAGAAGUUCAUCUUUAAUAUAAUAUAAAUUUUGUUUAAAAAAUUUCGAUUAAAAA